CUUCUAUGAAAACAUGUUUGCGCAGAAUUAAAGCUUCCCUAUAUUUUGAACAAAACUUGCAGUAACCAAACCUUCGACCGGCUUCACUUGAGCUCAAAAGAAUGCAUGGCUACCCCAUUUUGAAAACCAGUAAUCCGGCCCCAGCUUCCAAGGCGAGGUUCCUGUAAAAAAAUCGAAGCAAAUUAUAGUUGAUGACAGUUGAUGACAGGUUUUUGAGAAAUGCAUCAGGGGAGAAUUAAGAGGCAGGACCAGAGUUCUAGUUACAAACCAGCUGCACUUUCUUUCACAAGUAGACAGCAUUUUAGUGGUGCACAAUGGUACAGUUGAAGAGCAAGGUACCUUUGAAUAUCUGUCAAACAACGGAAAAAUAUUUCAGAAACUGAUGGAAAAUGCGGGGAAAAUGGAGGAAUAUGAAGAAGAAAAGGAAAAUGUUGAAAAGGUUGAUGACAAAAUCUCUAAGCCUGCUGUCAAUGGUGAGACAUUUGGGUCAUCUGAAAAUGCUGGUGAAACAGAUAAAAAGAAGGAAGGGAAAUCUGUUCUUAUUAAACAGGAAGAGCGUGAAACGGGUGUCGUGAGCUGGAAUGUUCUGACAAGGUACAAGAAUGCUUUGGGAGGUGCCUGGGCAGUAAUUUUAUUAUUAGUGUGCUAUGUGUUAACAGAAGUUUUUAGGAUUGCAAGCAGUUUGUGGUUAAGUUUUUGGACAGAUGAAAGCAAUUCAACCAAAUACAGUUCUGGAUUCUACAACCUGAUAUAUUCACUUCUGUCAUUUGCUCAAGUUUUGGCAACGCUCACCAAUUCCUUUUGGUUGAUCACAACAAGCCUUUCUGCUGCCAAAAGGUUACAUGACGCUAUGUUGAAGUCCAUUUUGAGAUCUCCAAUGGUCUUCUUUCAUACAAACCCACUUGGAAGGAUUAUCAAUAGGUUUGCUAAGGACCUUGGUGACAUAGACCGCAAUGUUGCACCAUUUGCCAAUAUGUUUAUGGGCCAAAUUUCUCAACUCAUUUCAACAUUUGUGCUGAUUGGGUUGGUUAGCACAAUGUCUUUAUGGGUCAUACUGCCACUUCUGAUUAUGUUUUAUGACGCCUACUUGUAUUAUCAGAGCACUGCGCGUGAAGUGAAGCGUUUGGAUUCAAUCUCCAGAUCUCCUGUGUAUGCACAAUUUGGUGAAGCUCUCAAUGGUCUCCCAACUAUUCGUGCAUAUAAAGCUUACGACCGGAUGGCCACCAUUAAUGGGAACGCUAUGGACAAUAACGUUAGAUACACUCUUGUGAAUAUGGGUGGAAACCGUUGGCUUGCUAUCCGUCUUGAAACUCUAGGAGGCAUUAUGAUUUGGCUCACUGCAACAUUUGCUGUGAUGCAGAAUGGAAGGGCAGAAAACCAGGAGGCUUUUGCCUCUACUAUGGGUUUACUUCUAAGUUAUGCCUUAAAUAUCACAUCCUUAUUAACAGCUGUACUGAGACUGGCAAGUCUGGCCGAGAAUAGUUUGAAUGCUGUGGAGCGAGUUGGGACAUACAUUGAUUUGCCUUCAGAAGGCCCCACCGUUAUUGAAAAUAAUCGUCCUCCUCCUGCAUGGCCUUCAGCAGGAUCUGUUAAUUUCGAAAGUGUUGUAUUACGUUACAGGGCAGAGCUACCUCCUGUUUUGCAUGGUAUAUCAUUUAAAAUCUGUCCCAGUGACAAGGUUGGAGUGGUUGGGAGAACAGGAGCUGGAAAAUCUAGCAUGUUUAAUGCUUUAUUCCGACUCGUGGAACUGGAAAGUGGAAAGAUUAUGAUAGAUGAUUGUGAUGUUUCAAAGUUUGGAUUAACAGACCUCCGGAAAGUUCUCGGAAUCAUACCUCAAUCACCUGUUCUUUUCUCGGGAACUGUGAGAUUCAAUCUUGAUCCAUUCAAUGAACACAAUGAUGCUGAUCUAUGGGAAGCUUUAGAAAGGGCACAUCUUAAAGAAGUCAUCAGAAGGAGUUCUUUAGGUCUAGACACUGAGGUAUCAGAGGCUGGGGAAAAUUUUAGUGUAGGACAGAGGCAACUAUUAAGUCUUGCUCGAGCAUUGCUUCGCCGAUCAAAGAUUCUUGUUUUGGAUGAAGCCACUGCUGCUGUUGAUGUCAGAACUGAUGCCCUUAUUCAAAAACCAUAAGAGAAGAAUUCAAAUCAUGCACCAUGCUUAUUAUCGCUCAUCGUUUGAACACAAUCAUUGAUUGUGACCGAAUUAUUCUGCUCGAUUCUGGCAAGGUAUCAAAGAAAUUAGUAUUUCUGUA